AUAAUCCUUCACACUAAUAAAUAAUGGCACAAUAUUUUUCUUCGAUAAGGCGACUGGCCAUUGCCCUUCGCCUUUUGGCCCGUUUCCCUUUCUCGCUUGGUCCGUUACCGGUCGCUGGUUCCCCGGCCAUUGAUAAAACCAUCCGUCGUCCCCGUCACAGUUCCUUAAUGGCGUCCCUCUAGGCUUGCCCUCCCUCCUCCCCUCGUCGUCGCUCAUCGUCGUCGCCGCCGCCGCCGACCGCAGUCGUCACAUUUCUAUCGGCACCGCAUUGGCCUUCCUACUCUGGCCCGUCGCACUGUCCCCUGCCUUUGCUGUCACGGAACCAAGUUGAGGCUUGCCUAGUCUUGCUUGUGCUUGCUUUUGCAGCUCAUCGUCAGCGCCCCUAUCUGAUACCAACCUCGCUUCAGGUUUCGGUUGGGUUACAUUAUCUCUCCCAUAUCCGUGGAACCGACUCCUUCUUUUGGACCAUACUUCUUCGAAUCUUUUAUUUAUCACUUAAAAUAUCCCUGAUUUGGGCAUACCCAUCGUCGUUGAGAUAGUGGCCAACAACCAAGAGGCAAAGAGAAAAAAGUGUACCAAAAUGAGGUUCACCGAGACUUGGAACGCCAAGAUCGCCGCCGGCCCGGUUGGACGGUGGUUCCAGCUCGAAGGCUCCGGCCAUCCCCGCGAGCGCAAGGGAUCCCUCUUUUUUACCGAGCUCCGCGCCGGUCUCGUUGCCUUCUUUGCUAUGGCCUACAUUAUCUCCGUCAACGCGUCCAUCGUCUCUGCUUCCGGCGGAACCUGCGUCUGUCGCAACGAGGAAGACCCAAGUUGCCUCGAAGACACUGACUAUUUACUGUGUGUCGCCGAAAUCAACCGCGACAUUGUCACUGCCACCGCCGCCAUUUCCGCCUUGGCCACUUUCUUCAUGGGACUCCUCGCCAAUAUGCCUGUCGGUGUCGCCCCGGGCAUGGGCUUGAACGCCUACUUCACCUACUCCGUCGUCGGUUUCCACGGAACCGGCGACGUGCCCUAUGAAGUCGCUCUGACCGCCAUCUUCAUUGAGGGCUUCGUCUUCUUCGGUCUUGCCCUUCUCGGCUUGCGCCAGUGGCUUGCCCGUGCCAUCCCCCGUUGCAUCAAACUUGCAACCGGUGUCGGCAUCGGCCUGUUCCUUACCCUGAUCGGUCUGACCUACGGCGAGGGAAUCGGCCUGAUCGUUGGUGCCACCGAGACACCCCUCGAGCUGGCUGGUUGUACGGAAGAUUCCCUCCUGCCAACUGGCCUGUGUCCAUCGGACCAAAAGAUGCGCAACCCCAGGAUGUGGAUCGGCAUAUUCUGUGGCGGUAUUCUAACCGUCAUGCUGAUGAUGUACCGUUUCAAGGGUGCCAUCCUCGCCGGUAUCCUGCUAGUCAGCAUCAUCUCCUGGCCCCGAGGCACAGCAGUCACCUACUUCCCAUACGACAAACUUGGUGACCCCAGAUUUGAGUUCUUCAAGAAGGUUGUCGAUUUCCACCCUAUCCAAAGGACCCUCAAUGUGCAGGACUGGAACGUCGGAGGAUACAGCGGCGCCUUUGGUCUCGCUUUUAUCACCUUUUUGUACGUCGACAUUCUCGACUGCACCGGCACUCUUUACUCCAUGGCUCGUUUCGCAAACCUCAUCGACGAGGAGACCCAGGACUUUGAGGGCUCGUCCGUCGCCUACAUGGUCGAUGCUCUCAGCAUCUCUGUUGGUGCAGUUUUCGGAACUCCUCCUGUCACGGCCUUUGUCGAGUCUGGAGCUGGCAUUUCCGAGGGAGGCAAGACGGGCCUGACCGCCAUGUCUACAGGACUCUGCUUCUUCAUCUCGAUCUUUUUCGCCCCCAUCUUCGCCUCCAUCCCGCCGUGGGCCACUGGCUGUGUACUGAUUCUCGUCGGAUCCAUGAUGGUUCGUGCUGUUGUCGAGAUCAACUGGAGAUACAUAGGUGAUGCAAUCCCUGCCUUCAUCACGUUGGCUCUCAUGCCCUUCACAUACUCAAUCGCCGAUGGUCUCAUCGGUGGCGUCUGCAGUUACAUCCUCAUCAAUACCCUUAUUUGGGUCCUUGAAAAGGUCUCCGGUGGGCGCAUCGUUCCCCACAACAAACACGAGAAAGACCCCUGGACCUGGCGCGUCCCUGGCGGUAUCUUGCCCCCUUGGGUCCGCCGUCUUUUCAAGGGCAAGAAAGACUUUUGGCGUGCAGUCGAGAACACAUCCGCCAACAACGCCGAGCCUAGACCCCUCGAGAAGACAGCCAGCUCCGAGCAGGGGGGUUCAAUGAAUGGCAAAGCCAGGGACGUUGGUGAGACCAUCACUCCACACGGUGACAAAUCGUCAUAGUCAGAGCAAGAACAUGAUCUACGGGGGGAUCUUGCGGGGCACCGCUAGUAGCAUAUAUACUCGUCCACUCUGAAAGGGAUUGGGGAAAAUGGCCGAGUAAGAACGUCC